AUGGCAGGUAUCCAGGUCGCAGUGCUGUGCCUGCUGCUGGCUGUGCAGCUGCAGCUGGUGGAGCCACGGGCGCUGCGGAUCAGGUCGCGGAUUCACGGCCUCAUCAUCGGCGGCUCCGAGGCCAGCAUCGCCGACUACCCGUGGACUCUGGCCCUGCUGUACGGCGGCUACCAGCAGUGCGGCGCCUCUAUAAUCGGAACCGAGUGGGCCCUCACGGCCGCCCACUGCGUCAGCUAUUACAGAGCGCCGUACCAGGCACUGUACACUGUGCGCGCCGGAUCCUCCAACCGUAACAGUGGCGGCACAGUGUUGGACGUUGCCGAGGUCUACGAACACGAACAGCACGACAGCAGCUCUGGUGACUACGACAUCGCAGUCAUGCGGAUUGACGGUUCAUUCCCACUGGGCGCCAACAUUUCGGUCGUCAACCUCCCAGAGGACGGAUAUGACCCGCCAGCUGGCCUCGCUGUCACAGUAGCCGGCUGGGGGUUUACGGAGACGGACGAUCCCCUCAUCCUGCAGAAAGUAGACAUCAGCGUCAGGGACCGCUCCGCGUGUGAGUUCCCGAACGUCGGACGCGAAGUAACUCCGCGCAUGCUGUGCGCUGGAGAGACGGGAAAGAGCGUGUGCUAUGGCGAUUCUGGGAGUGCCCUGGUGAGCGGUAGCACGCAGGUGGGCAUCGUGUCGUGGGGGAGCGGCUACUGCAACCUUGGUGGCGCCGUCUACGUCAACGUGGGCAACCUACGAUCCUGGAUAACCGGGAUCUCAGGCAUCUGA